CCCCGCGCCUCCGGACGUCUUUGCCGGGACAUGGCCGCUACCGGUGCCGGGUCCUUAAGCUGAUUGCCGGCUGCCGGAGCUAACUGCUGCCGUCAACAGUCCACGCGGGCCGGUCCCAGGCGUCGGGACGGUGACGAUCCGCCGAGGAAGCGGGGCUCGCCAUAGGACGACGCCGCGGCGGGCGCAUGGCGUCCAUCUUGCUCAGGAGCUGCCGCGGCCGGGGCCCUGCCCGCCUCGCGCCUCCCCGCGCCGCCUCCCCGCGGGGUAGUCGGAGGGAUCGAGCUUGUCUCAGUUGUACCAGCACCGUGGGGUUGAUAAGCCAUGAGAAAAUUCUAUCUCGCUGCUGUCCUCCAGUCAACCCUGUGUACCUCUGCUUCAAAGGUGAGCCCCGCAGCUGUUGGACUCAGAGGCUUGAGUGCCAGGGCACCAUUGCAAGGGCAACAUGGACACCUGCCUCUGCAAGAUUGGUUGUCACAGGACCUCAGUACCUUCCUGUGCGCAGCUGGCACUCAUCACCUCCCCUAGGAGAGGACUCUGUGGUAGAGAAGUCCCUUAAGUCCUUAAAGGACAAGAAUAAGAAGCUGGAAGAGGGUGGCCCUGUGUACAGCCCGCCAGUUCAAGUGGUAGUAAAGAAGUCCCUUGGGCAGAAGAUACUGGAUGAGCUGAAGCACUACUACCAUGGCUUCCGCCUGCUCUGGAUCGACACCAAGAUAGCUGCCCGCAUGCUGUGGCGCAUCCUCAAUGGCCACACGCUGACCCGCCGGGAGCGCAGGCAGUUUCUCCGGAUUUGUGCAGACCUCUUCCGCCUAGUGCCCUUCCUGGUGUUCGUGAUCGUGCCCUUCAUGGAAUUCCUGCUGCCUGUAGUUGUAAAGCUCUUCCCCAACAUGCUGCCAUCCACAUUUGAAACCCAGUCCAUCAAGGAGGAAAGGCUGAAGAAAGAGCUUCGGGUAAAGCUAGAGCUAGCCAAGUUUCUCCAGGACACCAUAGAGGAAAUGGCCCUGAAGAACAAGGCAGCCAAGGGGAAUGCCACCAAAGACUUCUCUGCAUUUUUCCAGAAGAUCCGGGAGACAGGAGAAAGACCCAGCAAUGAGGAAAUCAUGCGUUUUUCCAAAUUAUUUGAGGAUGAACUGACCCUGGAUAACCUCACGAGGCCUCAGCUGGUGGCACUGUGCAAGCUGCUGGAGCUUCAGUCCAUCGGCACCAACAACUUCCUGCGUUUCCAGCUCACCAUGCGCCUGAGGUCCAUAAAGGCUGAUGACAAAUUGAUUUCUGAGGAAGGAGUGAACAGUCUGAAUGUCAAGGAAUUGCAGGCAGCAUGUCGAGCACGAGGCAUGCGAGCACUUGGCGUCACAGAAGACCGUCUGAAGGACCAACUGAAUCAGUGGCUCGACCUGCACCUCCAUCAUGAGAUCCCCACAUCAUUGCUCAUACUGUCCCGGGCCAUGUACCUCCCAGACACCCUCUCACCUGCUGACCAGCUCAAGUCCACCUUGCAGACCCUUCCAGAAAUCGUGGCAAAGGAGGCUCAAGUGAAAGCGGCAGAGGUGGAGGGCGAGCAGGUAGACAACAAGGCGAAGCUGGAGGCCACACUGCAGGAAGAGGCUGCCAUCCAGCAGGAGCACCUGGAAGAACUGCAGAGGGCUGCCGAGGCGGUGAAGGACACCCAGCCAGAAGUAGUAGAAGCCACCAUUCCUGGGAGGCCAGGGGCCGAGCUUCAGCCAGAGGUGCCUGUUGUGAGUGUGUCCUCAGAGACACUGAAGGAUACAGCACCUGUGCUAGAGGGAUUAAAGGGAGAAGAAAUAACCAAGGAGGAAAUUGACAUCCUCAGUGACGCCUGUUCUAAGCUAAAGGAACAGAAGAAGUCCCUGACCAAGGAGAAGGAGGAGCUGGAGCUGCUCAAAGAGGAUGUCCAGGACUACAGUGAGGACUUACAGGAGAUCAAAAAGGAACUUUCAAAGACCGGUGAUGAAAAAUAUAUAGAAGAAUCCACAGCUAGCAAGAGACUGACAAAGCGAGUCCAGCAGAUGAUCGGGCAGAUCGAUGGCCUGAUUGCACAGCUAGAGACCAGUCAACAGAAUGGCAAACUGGGCCCCCAGGAGAGUUCUCCAACAGGGGAGAGUGUCAUCAGUGUCAGUGAGCUCAUCACCGCCAUGAAGCAAAUCAAGCACAUUCCAGAACACAAGCUGAUCAGUUUGGCUUCAGCCCUGGAUGAAAAUAAGGACGGCAACAUCAACAUCGAUGACCUUGUUAAGGUGAUCGACUUGGUGGACAAAGAAGAUGUUCAGAUCUCUACCACCCAAGUAGCCGAAAUUGUGGCCACACUAGAGAAGGAGGAAAAGGUGGAAGAGAAGGAAAAGGCCAAGGAAAAGGCUGAGAAAGAGGCCGCAGAAGUGAAGAAUUAGAACUGCCUGGCUUUUGGCCCACAGGGUCUGCCUUCAUCAUGCUACACCAACCACAGUGGGGAUGACACAAGAGUGAUUGCUAUGAGGUGAUUCUUAGUGGCAAAUCUAAUAUUUUCUCUGGAAUAAAUCAGAAACUUCCUUAAUCAAGCAAUUUUUAAUUUUCAUCAUUCCAUGAAGAUUCAGUCAGCCUGGAGCCCUACAGCCCUCUGAGUGAUUGUGUCUGGACUCAUGCCUUGGUGUGGUACUAAAUGGCCCUAACCCAUGGGGUAAGGGGACAGCCACCACUAGGAUCGUAGCCUCACACUGACCCAUAGCUCCAAAGGUAGCUUGGGCUAGGCUGGGUAGGAAAGUAUUUCCCUGUUUAUGUCCUUACUCAGGGUCUGGCCAAGCCUCUGUCCCUUGAGAGGAGAGUGAGAACCAAGUGGACUCCCAGCACCUGUGUGGAGCCAAGUAAAUGUGCCUGCAUUUCUCCAGAGGCCUUGGAAUAGGAGGUAGACAGACACAAUGCAGGCCUCCUCUGCGCUGAAGACGCUGAAGUCAGUCUGAGGACUUGGGAUUCCUCCAGGAGAUCUGUAUGCUCACUCCUCCACAGUUGUGUCGUAACUACUAGUCCCUGACAGCAUUGUCUCUCUUGUAUGGAUUCUGAAGCAUGUUGACUGGAGCGUUCUCAAUUUACCAUUGAUUUUCACCUAAUUCUAUAACUGACUAGUACUGAAUUUACACACAUGACUACUCGCCUAGCUCAUGAGUAGUUCCGUAAUUAACAGGGGACAUACACUGAAGAAGCCUUUGAAAUGAAAUUGGACAGUCCACAUUGCUGAGUAGCCCUGGGGGAUAGAGCUGAUACCUGAAACCUGAACAGACCUGAGGCUUUGUGUGGCUUUUAACAUAAAACUUAAGUCCUGCCCAGGACAGUGGCCAAGAUGGGGCUUCACAAGGCUGUCUCGUCACAGAUGCUCUUGAAUGUGCUCCUGCCUCCAGCAGUGAGGAAGUAGUCUGUGGUGCCACAGAGCUUUCGGCGUGGUGUUCCGUGCCUGCUAACGGCUCGCUGGCACCCCUGAGUGGAGAUGCACUAGCUCAGCGCCCAGAGCUCUUGCUGAGUGGCCAGCACCCUUUCUUAGUUGGAGAUGGCUGCUUGGGCAGGCCAGGGCUGAGUAUCCUGUAGCCUCACCACCACCCUCCCACUGUAACCCCAUCCUAGGAUCACAGAAAGCAAGAUCCUGAGUUCAGCUUGAGCUAUCCUGUCCAGGAAAAUGACUCCAGACAGGAUCUAGAAGAUGUGCAGAAAAGCAGCAACUAGAAUGGAACUUUCUCGGUUUCUUGAAACUUUUCUUAAAGGAAGCAUAUGAUGCUAAGCAAGAAUAAAAUAAUUCUCACACAUAAGCCUGUGCAGAGUAACAGUGGAAGGAGCCUAGUGAAUAUAUGGUCACAUCUGUGCGUCCUUGUGUACCCUAGCAGCCUGGUUCCCACUGUUAGUGUGUACUUCUGAGGACAAGAUUGUGGUUGCCAAAUGUGUUCCCACAAUGAAUCGUUUCUCUUUUGAGCAGCAUUCUGGGACCUGUCCUUUGUCUACCUAUUGUCUUCCUCCUUCAUUGUUACUGGGCACUGUCAGUGGCUGUGUUGGCUGUUGCUGACUCGGGUAUUUCCCUGCUGUCCUAUUGUGGACUCUGCCCUCACAGGUCACAUCAUCACCCUGGAAAGUGGGUUCGCCCUGUGAUGUUGCAGGGCCUAGCAGUGGGUGCUUGCCUUGGUUUUUGGAACUGGCCCCACAUCUGUUUCAUUGCUUGACUUCAGUACAGCUGGGUCAGGUUUAGAAAUGGCAGGUCUACUGGACAGUGAUGGUGGCGCGCACCUUUAAUCCCAGCACUCCAGACGCAGAGACAGGUGGAUCUCUGAGUUCAAGGUCAGCUUGGUCUACAGAGCAAGUUCUAGGACAGCCAUAGAGAAACCCUGUCUUGAACCACCACCACCACCACCCCAAAAAAAAGAAAAAGGAAAAGAAGUAGCAGCCCCAUGACAGAACUGUAUAUGAGCUGAGCAUUUGAGAGCUGGCUGUAUUUCAACUCUCAUAACUGCUCUGUACCCCAGUGCCUGCCCAGGGGCCAGGUGCCCACACCUGAUAAAUGAAAUCUGGCAUUCCCUUCUACACUCCCAGCCACCUGCCCACACAGGCUCCUUCUGGACUAUCAACAUCCUCAAUGUGCAGGGCACCAUGCAGUUCUGAAAGGCCAUCCUCAUGGUCUUGGGCUGUGCCUCCUAGGGCCAUGGUAAGGGAACAAGUUCUGUAUCCUCUUCUGACUUCCAGGGAUCCCAGAGCCUCCAGUGGGGUCACAUGUAAACAUCUUCCAUGCCCAUGUAACAGCCCUGAGCAUUCUGCCUAGUAAAGAGAUCGAAGGGAAACUCAGACCUCCUAAAUUAAUAAGAAUUGUGCCGUGGGCAUCAGGUGUGCUCAGAUUUUAGCGGGGCUUAAUCCUCCCCACAGCUCAGUGCCAGCUCACCUUUAGGGGCUCAAGACUUGGUUCCAGGCUCAUGCUUUGUGGGACCUGAGGAGACCUGUAUCCCCUCAUCCUGAGGUAUCCCCUCAUUCUGUGGAACAGCCCUGUUUUGUGGAGUCAGGCAAGUAAGUACUUCUUAGAAUUGAAGCAGACUCGGGGCCCUGGGAGACUGGCAAGCGACAGCUUCAUGUAAGGAGGUGACCGAAUAAAGUACCACUGCUGUUG